AUGCGGUUCUGUGGAAGUUUUCUUUUUUCUUUUUUUUUUUCUUUUUCCUUUCUAGAGUCAUUUUGCAUGAGAAAUGAUUCCAGGUGCCUGUCAAAUUCUUGCCAAAAGAACUCCACGUGCGCUGCUGGUGACAAGGACGAUACCUGUCCUUGCGCAGACACGUCAGUUGACACAGUAGAGGAACUCUGCAAUAAAACCUAUGACCCUUGCUCCUCAAACCCCUGCCUUCAAAACGCUACCUGUGUAAGCUCUGCUGGAAACCUCACUUUUACCUGCGAGUGCCCCGCUGGGUAUAAAGGCAGCACCUGUGAAACAGCCGUCAGCGCGUGCGACACGAACCCUUGUGAACAUGGGGGCACCUGCCAGAACGGGCUGGCCGGCCCUACCUGCCUUUGCCACCAAGGCUACACAGGGACGCUCUGCGAAACAGAUUUUGACGAGUGCAUUUCCGAGCCGUGCCACAACGGAGCCCUGUGCAGGGACGGCCUUGGCGAAUACUCCUGCUACUGUGUCCCAGGCUACCAAGGCAAGCACUGUGACCUGGAGGUGAAUGAAUGUGUGUCAGACCCGUGCCUGAACGGGGCAACGUGCCUGAACCACGUGGGAAGGUAUGACUGCAUCUGUCCGCUUGAGUAUACAGGUACAAACUGUGAGCUGGACAUAGAUGAGUGUUUAUCACAGCCUUGCCUGAACGGGGCAACCUGCCACGACUCCUUGGGGCGCUUCACGUGCUCUUGUGCGCUCGGCUUCCUUGGCGAGCUCUGCGAAACCAACGUCGACGAGUGCGCCAGCCAGCCCUGCCUCCACGGAGGAUGGUGCACGGACGGUGUCAAUGGGUACAGUUGCAACUGUACAAGUACGGGAUUUACAGGCCUACACUGUGAGACCUUAAUUCCCUUAUGUUGGUCACAACCAUGCUACAAUAAUGCUACGUGUGAGGACAGCAUUGACAGUUAUACGUGUCACUGUUGGCCAGGAUACACAGGCCCGCAGUGCGAGGACGACGUAAGCGAGUGCAGCAGCGCCCCUGCCUUGUGGGGCGAGUGCGUGGAGCUGUCCUGGGCCCACCGCUACGGCCGCGUCCCGGGGCUGCCGGCCGAGUUCCGCCACCGCAGCGCGGAGGGCUACGUCUGCUCCUGCACACCGGGCUUCGCAGGUGUUCACUGUGACGAAGACAUCAAUGAAUGUUACAUGAACCCUUGCCAGAAUGGUGGAAUCUGUGAAAAUUUUCCUGGGAAUUAUACCUGUCAUUGCCCAUCUACGGACAGAGAAGGGAUUUACUAUGGUGGCUGGAACUGUACAGAAGUUCUCUAUGGCUGUACUGAUCAGCAUUGCGAAAACAACGGAAUAUGUAUCCCACAUUUAAAAAAUGGCCAACACGGGUUCAGCUGCAUAUGCUCACCUGGAUAUACUGGCAUACACUGUGAAACCAUAACCACAUUUUCUUUUGAUGGAAACAGCUUCCUUUGGCUGAAGAAUCCCACGUCCCAUAAAGAGGAAUCUUUCUACAGAAUAAACCUGGGUUUUCAGACUGUGCAACCUGAAGCAUUUCUAUUUUACCGAGGGGAGAAAGAUACAUUUGUGAAGCUGGAGUUAUGGAAUGGCUACUUACACUUAUCCAUUCAAGUCAAUAACCAGCCACAGGCUCUUUUGCGUAUUGCUCAUAAUGUCAGUGAUGGAGAAUGGCACUCAGUGGAGGUAACCUUGGCAAGAGCUGUUACUCUAAAUUUACACGACAGCUCUUGUGUAGAAUCAUGUGUCAAUAAAACUUCUGCUGUGAUAGAUAAUGAUCACGUGAUGCUUGCAUUUCAGAGCACAUUUUUGGGCGGCUUACCUGUGGGGAACAUUAGCAGCAACUCUCUACUUAACAUCUAUAAUAUGCAUUCUGCCCCUUCAUUUGUAGGCUGUCUUCAGGACAUUGAAAUAGAUUUGAAUAUUAUUACUCCAGAGAAUGUCUCACCUGAAUCAUCUUUAAAUGUCAAGACAGGAUGUACUAGAAAGGAUUGGUGUGAAAACCAUCCUUGUCAGAAUAGGGGACGCUGUAUCAACUUGUGGCUGAGUUAUCACUGUGAUUGCUACCGGCCAUACACAGGGCCAACCUGCUCCACAGAGUAUAUUCCAGGACGGUUUGGAUCUGAAGACUCCUCAGGAUAUGCUGCAUUUUCUGUUGAUGCCACUCAGAAGGAAAAUGUGAAUAUAUCCAUGUUUGUCCGAACACGCAAAUCUUCUGGCUUAUUACUGGCUUUGAGAAACAGUAGCUGUCUCUACAUAAGAGUCUACUUGGAAGGUGGGAAACUCACAGUGUUAGCUCCAAACUCCAGGAAGUUAUUAGGGAAACACACUGUGAAUGACGGAAACUUUUACUUAAUAUCAUUAAAAAUAGAACCAAAUAAGAUGGAAUUAUUCCAGUCCUCCCAAUACCUAGGCUUUAUUUCGACUCCAGUACUAACCAUCCAAAGUAAAGAUAUUCUUUAUAUUGGAGGCCUACCAGAUAUUGGAGAAUCUGAUACAAAUUUCAAGGGCUGUAUCCAAGAUGUAAGACUGAAUAACCAACCUCUGGAAUUCUUCCCUGUCGCCCAUCCACUGGAUUCUCUUAUGAACCGAACUCUGAUCAAUGUCACCGAAGGCUGUGCUGGUGAUAACCUCUGUAAGUCCAACCCUUGCCACAAUGGUGGCAUAUGCUAUUCCAUCUGGGAUGACUUCACCUGCACAUGCCCCCCUAACACGGCAGGGAAGGCGUGCGAGGAAGUUAAGUGGUGUGAGCUCGGGCCCUGUCCUCACGAAGCACAAUGCCAGCCGGUGCGCCAUGGAUUUGAAUGUCUUGCUAAUGCAGUGUUUAGUGGCCGAAGCAGUGCUAUAUUUUACAGAAGCAAUGGAAAAAUCAGCAGAGAUCUCACGAGUAUCGUGUUUGGCUUUCGAACUAGGGAUACUGACGUGAUACUGCUGUACGCGGAGAAGGAGCCCGAGUCUGUCACCGUUAGCAUUCAGAACUCCAAGUUACUCUUCCAAUUGCAAAGCGGCAACAGCUUUUAUAAGUUGACCCUUGCUAGCUCACAAGGUGUGAGUGAUGGGAAGUGGCACCAAGUGACAGUCUCUAUGGCAGAACCCCAGUCCCAGGCCUCUCGAUGGCACAUGGAUAUAGAUAAUAAGAGAGACACUGCAACCAGUACAACUGCCACUGGAAACCUCAACUUUUUAAGAGAAGAAAUAGACAUUUAUGUGGCGGACAAGGCUUUUGACAAUCUGGACGGCCUGCGAGGAUGUAUGAGCACCAUAGAAAUCAGUGGCAUUUAUCUCUCAUACUUGGAAAAUGCUGAUGUCCACACUAAAAAGCCUCAAGAGGAACAAUUUCUCAAAAUAUCUGCAAACCCUGCUGUUACUGGCUGCUUGCAGUUGGAUGCCUGCAGCUCAGGGCCCUGUAUGCAUGACGGCAUAUGUGAAGACUUGUAUACUUCCUACCGUUGCAUAUGUCCCCAAGGAUGGACUGGCAUGCACUGUGAAACCAACAUUGAUGAGUGCUUUUCAAACCCCUGUGUUCAUGGGAACUGCACUGACAGGAUCACCUCCUACGAGUGCAGCUGUGAACCUGGUUACACAGGGGUAAACUGCGAAGAGGACAUAGACAACUGCCAUGGCCACCAGUGUGCAAAUGGGGCCACUUGCAUAGAUGGGAUUAAUGGAUAUUCUUGCCUGUGUGCUGGUAACUUCACUGGAAAACAUUGCAGAUACAGAAGAUUACCAUACACAGUUUGUGGGAACGAAGAGCGAAAUCUGACGUGUUACAAUUUCGGCAACUGCACCGAUCUCGGCGGGGAGUUGAGAUGCGUGUGCCUGCCCGGAUUCACCGGAGAACGGUGUGAAAAGGACAUUGAUGAAUGCAGCUCCGACCCAUGUCUGAAUGGGGGCCUCUGCCAGAAUCUACUCAACAGAUUCCACUGCCUCUGCGAUGUAAACUAUGCUGGAGACCGCUGUGAGAUAGAUCUGACAACUGACUUGAUCUCGAACAUAUUCACCUCCAUUGGCUCAGUAACGCUGGCCUUGUUAUUGAUGCUCUUCUUGGCAGUGGUGGUUUCAGUCAUCGCUGCCAAUAAACGGGCAACUCAAGGCACCUACAGCCCCAGCCGGCAGGAGAAGGAGGGAUCCCGCGUGGAGAUGUGGAACAUGGUGCAGCCUCCGCCCAUGGAAAGACUCAUUUAG